AUGGGGGACAAAGGAUUUUCCGUGCUUGUUGCAAUCCUCUGCAUUGUUUCCUUCGUCGUAAUGGUGCCCUUCGUUUAUGGAGACCUGAGUUAUUCUGUUCCAGAGGAGCUCAAGCAGGGAUCUGUUGUGGGAAAUUUAGCAAAAGAUCUUGGAGUCGAUCUGGUGAAUUUUGCAGCCCGAAAGCCUCGGUUUGAUUUUGAGGAAAUCCGGAGACGUUACUGUGGAAUUAAUAUGCGCACCGGAGAUGUGAUCACAUCGGAGAGGAUUGACAGGGAAAUCAUUUGUGGAACGAAACCUUCAUGUGUCAUAAAAGUCGAUCUGGUUAUGGAGAACCCUUUGGAGCUUCAACGUGUGAGUCUUCAUAUUCAAGAUAUAAAUGACAAUUCACCAAAAUUCCGUGAAAAGAUAAUUGAAAUGGAGAUAAGAGAGUCAGCAGAUAAGGGCAGUCGGUUUUCCAUUGAGGAGGCCAAUGAUGCAGAUAUAGGUCAAAAUGCUGUUCAACAAUAUAUUCUUCAAAGAAAUGGAAAUUUUAUUCUUUCUGUUGACAAAAACAAAGUCGAACUCGUUCUAGAAAAUAAGCUUGACCGAGAAAAACAAAGUGAGAUGAAUUUGCUUCUUACAGCUCUUGAUGGUGGCUCACCUCAGAAUUCAGGGACAGUAGUCAUACACGUCACUGUGCUGGACGCUAAUGAUAACGCCCCUGUGUUCAACAAAGCCGUUUAUAAAGCCACCCUGCCUGAAAACUCUCCUCCAGAUACAAUUGUGAUUAAUAUUAGUGCCACCGAUGCUGAUGAAGGAGUAAAUGGGGAUGUGACAUAUCAUGUUAGUCACAUAUCUAAUGAUGACACAAAUGUCUUCAAAAUUGAUUCCAAAACGGGUACAAUUAGGCUAUCAGGUAAGACUGAUUUUGAGGAGAAUAAUUCUUUUGAAAUGAAAGUUCAAGCUAAAGAUGGGCUAGGUCUGACGUCCUAUACGAAAGUUAUAAUAGAUAUUACUGAUGUGAAUGACAAUGCCCCUGUUAUAAAUAUAAAAUCUCUGUCCAAUCCAGUAGCCGAAAAUGUGUCACCCGGCACUGAGGUGGGCAUCAUUAAUGUUCAGGACAGAGACUCAGAAAAGAAUGGACAGGUCCACUGCUCCAUUGAACAAAACGCCCCCUUUAAGUUAGUUGCUUCUAUUCCCAACUAUUAUUCACUUGUAACUACGGGGCGACUGGACCGUGAACUGUUGUCUGAUUACAACAUUACAAUCAAUGCCGUUGAUGAAGGCUCUCCUCCUCUGUCCUCCUCUAAAACUCUUCACUUGUCUAUAGCAGAUAUUAACGACAACUCGCCCAUGUUUGAAGAAGAGUCCUACAGUGCAUUUGUGAGUGAAAAUAACAAAGCCGGCUCCACUUUAUGUUCCGUUAGUGCCCGAGACCCUGACUGGAGACAAAAUGGUAGCGUGAUUUAUUCUCUCUUAGUCGAUGAAGUGAAUGGUGCCCCGUUAUCCUCUUAUGUGUCUGUUAACGGAGACACUGGGCUGAUCCAAGCCGUCAGGUCUUUCGAUUAUGAACACUUGAGGAGUUUUAAAGUUCACAUCAUGGCCAGGGACAAUGGUUCUCCUCCACUGAGUAGCAACGUCAGCGUCAGUGUGUUCGUCUCGGAUGUGAAUGACAACGCUCCUCAGAUACUGUACCCCAACACGGAUGGCAAUUCCUUCAUGACUGAGCUGGUCCCUAAAGCUGCACAAGGUGGCUCUGUGGUGUCCAAAGUGAUUGCGGUGGAUGCGGACUCUGGACAGAAUGCCUGGUUGUCCUAUCAUAUAAUCAAGUCUACAGAUCGGGGACUUUUUACCAUUGGUCUUCACAGUGGAGAGAUCCGGACCCAGCGGGAUAUUUUGGAAUCCGACAGCAUGAAACAGAACCUGAUUGUGGCAGUGAAAGAUAAUGGACAGCCCCCUCGCUCUUCCACCUGCUCCAUGUAUUUACUUCUUUCUGAUAACUUGGCUGAGGUUCCAGAACUGAAGGACAUCUAUUACGAGGAGAAGAAUUCAAAACUGACCUCUUAUCUUAUUAUUGCUCUGGUGUCUGUGUCCACCUUCUUUCUGACAUUCAUCAUCAUCAUCCUGGGCGUGAGGUUUUGUCGCAGGAGAAAGCCCAGACUGUUGUUUGAUGGAGCUGUUGCCAUUCCCAGUGCAUAUCUCCCUCCUAAUUAUGCCGAUGUUGACGGUACAGGAACUUUACGCAGCACCUACAACUAUGACGCAUACUUGACAACAGGCUCCAGGACCAGUGACUUUAAGUUUGUGUCUUCAUACAAUGACAACACGCUGCCUGCUGAGCAGACGCUGAGAAAAAGUCCAAGUGAUUUUGCUGAUCCUUUUGAAGAUUUUGAGCCCUCUGUGGAGGCAGGCUUUGUCACCAUGGGAUAUCUUGGAUUUUCAGAACACCGGAUCGUUUUUAUUUUUGCCUUCUUUGUUCCAGUGCACAUCGUGCAUGGAGAUCUGAGCUAUAGUCUUCCCGAGGAGCUGAAACGCUCGUCUGUUGUUGGAAAUAUAGCCAAAGAUCUUGGUGCUGAUCCGAGGACGCUGUCAACACGGAAUGCCCGUGUUAAUGUGGCGGGGACAAGUAAGCAGUAUUUUGCGGUUAAUCUGAGUACAGGAGAUUUGAUCACAUCGGAGAGAAUAGAUAGAGAAAGCCUUUGUGGGAAGAAGCCAUCUUGCAUUAAUAAGAUUGAUCUAGUGUUAGAAAAUCCUCUUGAGCUUCAUCGUAUAAAUCUUCAUGUUCAAGAUGUGAAUGACAAUUCCCCCAAAUUUAAAAAUAAUUUGAUUGAAAUGGAAAUACGGGAGUCAGCAGAAAAGGGCAGUCGUUUUGCAAUUGAGGAGGCCCAUGAUGCAGAUAUAGGCAAAAAUGAUGUUCAAAGAUACAUUCUGCAAAAGAACAACAACUUUAUUCUCUCUGUUGACAGCAACAAAGUUGAACUUGUGUUGGAAAAUAAAUUGGACCGAGAAAAGCAAAAUGAGAUCAAUUUGCUUCUCACAGCUUUAGAUGGUGGCUCCCCUCAGAGAUCGGGUACAGUCAUCAUACACGUCACUGUGCUUGAUGCAAACGAUAACGCCCCUGUGUUCACUCAGACCACGUAUAAAACCACACUGCCUGAAAACUCUCCUUUUAGCACAUUCGUGAUUAAUGUUAGUGCGACUGAUGCUGAUGAGGGAGUGAACGGAGAUGUGACGUAUGAUUUUGGCCAUGUAUCUGACGUAGAUAAUUUAUUUUCUAUUGAUCCAGCAUCAGGGGAAAUUAAAGUAAGUGGUUUAAUUGAUUUUGAGGAAACUAUUUCUUUUGAAAUAAAAGUAGAAGCCAAAGAUGGUUUAGGUUUGACCUCAUAUGCCAAAGUUGUAAUAGAUAUUACUGAUGUAAAUGACAAUGCCCCUGCCAUCAAUUUAAUGUCACUGACCAAUCCAGUAGCAGAGAAUGUCUCACCCGGUACUGAGGUGGGCAUCAUAAACGUGCAGGACAGAGACUCGGAUAAGAACGGACAGGUGCACUGCUUGAUUCAAGAAAACGUCCCCUUUAAGUUAGUUCCUUCUAUUUCAAACUAUUAUUCUCUGGUGACAACUGCACAACUGGAUCGUGAACUGGUGUCUGAUUACAACAUUACCAUCAGUGCCACUGACGAGGGCUCUCCUCCUCAGUCCUCCACUAAAAGUCUUCACUUGUCUGUAGCAGACAUCAAUGACAACCCACCCAUAUUUGACGUGGAGUCCUACAGCGCUUAUGUGAGUGAAAAUAACAAAGCCGGCUCCACUUUAUGUUCCGUUAGUGCCCGAGACCCUGACUGGAGACAGAAUGGCAGUGUGAUUUAUUCUCUGUUGGCUGCUGAAGUAAACGGUGCCCCAGUGUCCUCCUAUGUGUCCGUUAAUGGAGACACGGGAGUCAUCCACGCCGUCAGGUCAUUUGAUUAUGAACACUUGAAAAGUUUUCAAGUCCACGUCAUGGCCAGAGACAACGGUUCUCCUCCACUGAGCAGCAAUGUCAGCGUCAGUGUGUUUGUCUCAGACGUGAACGACAACGCCCCUCAGAUCCUGUACCCUGCCCCGGAGGGCAACUCCUUCAUGACUGAGCUGGUCCCCAAAGCUGCUCACGGAGGCUCUGUAGUGUCCAAAGUGAUAGCAGUGGACGCAGACUCCGGACAGAAUGCCUGGCUCUCAUAUCAUAUAGCCAAGUCCACAGAUCCGGGACUUUUCACAAUUGGUCUCCAUAGUGGAGAGAUCAGGACCCAGCGGGACAUUAUGGAAUCUGACAGCAUGAAACAGAACCUGAUUGUGGCAGUGAAAGAUAAUGGACAGCCCCCUCGCUCAGCCACCUGCUCCAUGUAUUUACUUCUUUCUGAUAACUUAGCUGAGGUGCCGGAACUGAAGGACAUUUCUUAUGAGCAAAAUAAUUCCAAACUGACCUCUUAUCUGAUCAUUGCCCUGGUGUCUGUGUCCACCUUUUUUCUGACCUUCAUCAUCAUCGUCCUUGGUGUUAGAUUUUGUCGUCGGAGAAAGCCCAGGAUGUUGUUUGACGGAGCAGUUGCUAUCCCAAGCGCAUAUCUCCCUCCUAAUUAUGCAGAUGUUGAUGGAACUGGAACUUUACGAAGCACCUACAACUAUGACGCUUACUUGACAACAGGUUCCCGAACUAGUGACUUUAAGUUUGUGUCGUCGUACAAUGACAACACGCUGCCUGCUGAGCAGACUCUGAGAAAAAGUCCAACAGAAUUCCUCGAUGCUUUUGGUGACAUUGAUGAGGUAAGCCUCAAAAUAUUUUCCUAUAUGACAUAUUCUACUUCAUAA